UGCACCAUCAAUAAUCCCAGAGACGGGAGGACAACGAUAGGCUUUUAUUAGCUGCUAGAGACUACCACACAACAUCCUGGAGACUGAGUGGGGAGCAGUGCCUCCAAUCGCCUUUAUACAGGGGUCUGUGGGAGGAGCCACAAGAACAGUCAGCAGAGGGGCAUGUCCAGACAGGUAUAUGUAGUUCACCACAGAGUGUGACCUACCUGGGACACAAGAUUUGACAGUUGACACACGGAUGUAGAGUGUAUCGUUUUUGGGAGCUUGCUGCGUUAAAGUAGCUGCCAAAUGACUGUUUUUGAAAUAUGCGUCGCGGAACCACCGCUUGUAGACUCUAUUAAUGGCAUCUUUCUUACCCAGAAGCCUCCGCAUGAGAAUUCGCCUUCGCUGACCCAGGGAUCAAAUGCGCAUGCGGAAGCGUCGCGGGUCCUGAAAAUCGCGCAUGCGCUCACUGGAGAACUGGCGCUGGUACAUCGGCUGCAGGAAGGAGCGGGGCUCCGGACGGAGAUUUUCUUUUAUCGGCACCGGUGUCUGCUCCGCGACUUAGGACAAUUGUUGCUAGCUUCGGACACACCGAGGCACCACAUACCGGGAGGUUCCCGGUCCUAACCCAUACGCGGGCCCCGGGGAGCUUUCUGUUGAUGAGCGAAGGCACUGGCGUCAUUUCUGCAGCGGUGAGACUGCGAUAAAUAGGUUAGAAACGACAAAGAGUUUAUAUAUGGAAUUUCAAGUACAACAGCAAGGGAUUCAUUUACUCAGCCGCCCUGCUGGCAACACCAGUGAGUUCACGUGGAGAGAGAGGCCAUUCACUCAAAGUGUGUCUGGGAAGGAAUUCACUCACUCAGCUGACCUGCAGACUCAGCAGUGAGUUCACCGUGGGGAGAGAAGCUAUUCGCCUGUUGUGUGUCUGGUAAGAGAUUCACUCAGUCAGCCGGCCUGCAGAAACACCAGUGAAUUCACAGGGAGAGAGACCAUUCAUGUGUGUGGGAAGAGAUCAAUUUGGUCAUCUGAUCUGUUGACACACAGGAAGUUCACACUGGGGAGAGGCUGUACAUCUCAGACUGUGGGAAGAGAUUCACUCCGUCAGUCCUCCUGCAGACUCACCAGUGAGUUCACAUGGGAGAGAGACACUUCAACUGUUCUACGUGUGGGAAGAGGUUCACUCGGUCAUCUGAUUUGCUGAAACACCAGCGAGUUUACACAGGGGAGAGGCCGUACACCUGUUCUGAAUGUGGGAAGGGAUUUACUCAGUCGGCCCACCUAAUGAAACAUCAGCGAGUUCACACUGGGGAGAGGCCGUUCACCUGCUCAGACUGUGGGAAGGGAUUCACUCAGUCAUCUGACCUGAAGUUACAUCAGCGACUUCACACUGGGGAGCGACCAUUCAUCUGCUCAGUCUGUGGGAAGGGAUUCACUCUGUCAUCUCACCUACUGGCACACCAGCAAGUUCACACAGGGGAGAGGCCAUUCACCUGCUCAGACUGUGGGAAGGGAUUCACUCAGUCAUCUAGUCUGAAUGUACAUCAGCGAGUUCACACUGGGGAGAGGCCAUUCAUCUGCUCGGACUGUGGGAAGGGAUUCACUCAGUCCUCCCAUCUGAAUGCACAUCAACGAGUUUACUCUGGGGAGAAGCCUUUCACCUGCUCAGACUGUGGCAAGUGUAGCACGGAUAAGUUCACUCGGUCAUCUGAUUUGCUGAAACACCAGCGAGUUCACACAGGGGAGAGGCCGUACACCUGUUCUGAAUGUGGGAAGGGAUUUACUCAGUCGACCCACCUGCUGACACAUCAGCGAGUUCACACCGGGGAGAAGCCGUUCACCUGCUCAGACUGUGGGAAGGGAUUCACUUGGUCAUCCCAGCUGAAGGUACAUCAGCGACUUCACACUGGAGAGCGGCCAUUCACCUGCUCUGAAUGUGGGAAGGGAUUCACUUUGUCAUCCCACCUAUUGGCACACCAGCGAGUUCACACUGGGGAGCGGCCGUUCACCUGCUCAGACUGUGGGAAGGGAUUCACUCGGUCAUCUAAUCUGAAGGUACAUCAGCGAGUUCACACUGGGGACAUGCCAUUCACCUGCUCAGACUGUGGGAAGGGAUUCACUCAGUCCUCACACCUGAAGGUACAUCAGCGAGUUCACACUGGGGAGAGGCCGUAUGUCUGCUCAGACUGUGGGAAGGGAUUCACUCUGUCAUCCCAUCUACAGACACAUCAGCGAUUUCACACAGGAGAGAGGCCGUACGUCUGCUCAGACUGUGGGAAGGGAUUCACUCAGUCAUCCCAACUGAAGGUACAUCAGCGAGUUCACACUGGGGAGAGGCCAUUCACCUGCUCAGACUGUGGGAAGAGAUUCACUUGGUCAUCUCACCUACGGACACACCAGUCAGUUCACACAGGGGAGAAGCCGUUCACCUGCUCAGAAUGUGGGAAGGGAUUCACACAAUCAUCUCAACUGAAGGAUCAUCAGCGAGUUCACACAGGGGAGAGGCCAUUCACCUGCUCGGAAUGUGGGAAAGGAUUUACUGUGUUAUCCAAUCUGCAGACACACCAGCGAGUUCACACUGGGGAGAGGCCGUUCACUUGCUCUGUGUGUAGGAAGGGAUUCACUCAGUUAUGCACCCUACAUGCCCACCAGUCAAUUCACACCGGGGAGAGGCCGUUCACCUGCUCGGAAUGUGGGAAGGGAUUCAGUCGGUCAUCUCAACUGAAGCUACAUCAGAGAAUUCAUACUGGGGAGAGGCCAUUUACCUGCUCUGAAUGUGGGAAGGGAUUCACUCGGUCAUCCACCCUUGUGGUCCACUACCGAGUUCACACUGGAAAAAAUGUUUAAAUAAUCUGCUGGAUAUUUAAACAUCACAGUUGCCGAAUCUAGAGGAAAGUUCAAAAGUGGCUGUUGGUUGGAUUUCCUGCUGACUGAAGAAGCCCAGCUGACUGAUACGUUCUUCAUCCGUUGCAUCUCUGUGCUGAAAAAGAAUUGACUUUGGUAGUUCAUCUCCUUAUUCUCUGCAAAUAUCAAUGUUAUGGGUUGUUGUCACUGCUUCUAAUGAGCUGGGUUGUUAGAACACACCACUGUCCUCUGAAGUCUGAAAGGAGAACCAGUAGUUGGAUGUUCUGUGGAGCAGGGUCAGAAACCAGUGAUGAGUCAACACAGAGCAGAGUUUGGGGCUCUGGACAGAAGUUGGGGUAGGAUCAUGUAAUGAGGAACAGAAAAUUGGAGCAUGGGAUGGGGUAGAUGGCAGUGAAUGACAGAGUAGCAGUAUUUGGAAGCUGAAUGACAGAAAAAACAAUUAGGUUGACUUUGACUGUCCACACACACACACACACACACACACACACACACACUCACACACACACACAAUGCCUGUUUAUAUUGAGGAUAUUGCUUGUGGGAGCUUGCUGUGUUAAACUGGCAACUGAGUUUUCAUAAAAUAUAUUGACUGGGGAGGCAAUGCUUGUAAACACUUUCAAUGGCACUGUUCUUACCCAGAAAUCUCUGAGCUUCAGAAUGCAUUAUCACUGUGGAUUGAGUGCACAGGGCCUGAGAGUCUGUUGGAUCCGAUUGUUCAGUUUUUAUGGUCAUUUUCUUUGCAGUUUAACAAUUCAUUAUCUGCUUGUAUUUUAAGUAGUCUUUACAUUCAUAAGAGUUUAAUAUUCCUCUUGUGGCUGUACAAAGUAUAAUUCUGAAGCUUGUACUUCAUUAAGUGAGGUUUUCUAAUUGGUUAAUUUUAACUGCAAGUGAUUUCUAACAGGUUUAUUAUUAUCUAUAGAUUUGAAUAAAAAGUAGCUGUUUUAUGCUAGGCGCCAUAUUUAGUUUCUCUUUCUUCUUCAAGUAACAGACCCCUGUCUUUGUUCUAUCAACUUUGAAUAAAACCAUCGUGAACCAACAAGACUUAUGCCUCGUUCCUGACUUCUAAAAUGACUUUGUAUUUAAACACCAAAAUCUGUCAUUUGGUGUAGUUGGCAGGAUUUAGAGCUUAGAACAAUCCAAGACAGAGAGAGAAUAUUCAGCAUGCAACAAAAGUUGUAUGAACUUAAUUUUAUGUUCCAAAUUGUCUGAGGAACAAAAAGCAGUUCAGAGUUUUUCAUCAUUGGAUGGAAAUCAGGAUUGAUUACUGUUUCCCUUGCUGUUUUUAAAAUCAGAUUUGUAGAGCUACAUACAAAUCAGUAGAGCGCUAGUUAAAUGUGCAGGUCAGUAGACUGUCAAAACAUAACUUCAUACAACCAGUUCAAGUCGUCAGGUCAAGUCGCUUCUUAUUGUCAUUUUAACCAUAAACUGCUGGUACAGUACAUAGUAAAAAUGAAACAACGUUCCUCCAGGACCAUGGUGCUAAAUGAAACCACACAAAACUACAUUAGACUAUGUGAGACAACUCAAGGCUACACUAGACUACGUAAAACAACACAAAAACUACACUAGCCUACAGACCUACACAGGACUACAUAAAGUGCACAAAACAGUGCAGGGCACUAUAAUAAUUAAUAAAUAAAUAAUAAACAAGACAAUAGGCACAUAAAAGGACAAAUUUCAGUAUAAUAAUAAAAGAUGUAGAUGUCAGUCUAGACUGGGUAUUGAGGAGUCUGUUGGCUUAGGGAAAGAAACUUGCACAGUCUGGUCGUGAGAGCCCCCAAAUACUUUGGUACCUUUUGCCAGAUGGCAGGAGGGAGAAGAGUUUGUGUGAGGGCUGCGUGGGGUCCUUCGUAAUGCUGUUAGCUUUACGGGUGCAGCGUGUGGUGUAGGGUCUUGCUGAUAAAGCUUUAAGGGAAUCGGGGGAUUCUCAGGUUUUUGUAAAUAAUGGGUUAUGGUGGAAUACCGACUGCCUGUGUAUUCUGGUCUGAGCAGCUGCUUCUUUUGAAUGAGAUAAGAGCUCACACAGACCCAGGAUAUCUCCUGACUUUCCACACCUUUUUGGUUUCGACAAAAGGUGGAGAUAAGGCAGGAAAUUCUUUAUAUUCCUUGCCUAAUCUCAGUAACGUCUCUUAUCUAAAUUAUUAAAUUCUGCUCUAUUUGAGCAGCUGGAAUAUCCCUCGAUCUGAUUGUUCUUUUGUAUUGAGAUAUUAAAGGCUCAAUCUGUCCUGCUAACAUGUAAAUGUUGGGUGUCAGAACUAAUUAUGCUCUGUUCUCUGUUUACCUCUGUUUUAGGUGAUUAAGUGACCUUUGUCUUAGACUGAAACAGCAACACCAUCCAAAGAAUUGCUAACAUGAGAAAAGGAUUUUCUUUGCUAACUCCAAAGAACUGUUAACAAAAGAAAAUCUGAAAAUGCUAGAUAUCUAAUACAAAACAUACAAAAUGCUGGAUGAACUCAGCAGGUCAGGCAGAAUAUACGGAAAAGAGUAGAUGUUUUGGGCUGAGACCCAUCAUGAGGACAGGAAAGGAAGAGAGGUCAGAGUAAGAAGGUUGCCCCCCCCCCCCACCCGGGAGAGGGGAGGACGAAGUACAAGGUAGCAGGUGAUAGGUGAAACCAGGAGAGGGGGAGAAGUAAAGAGCCGGGAAUCUGAUAGGAGAGGACUGAAGACCAUGGAAAAAAGGGAAGGGGAUGGAGCAUCAGAGGGUGAUGUGGGCAGGUAAGGAGAUAAGAUGGGAGAGGGAACCAGGAAUGGGGAAUGGUGAAGGGAGGGGGGGUAGUAAUAACAGGAAGUUCGAGAAAACCAUGUUCAUGCCAUCAGUUUAUAGGCUGCCUAUACGGAAUAUGAGGUGUUACUCGUCCAACCUGAGUGCGGCCCAUUCGUGGCGAUAGAGGAGGCCAUGGACUGACAUAUUGAAUUGGGUAUUGUUCCAAAGAAUUACAGCCUAAUUGGACUGUCCGAGACAGACACCUCAACUCCGGAGAAUUGCAGCGGGUCCGUGCAUAGACUCUGCAGCGACCUCUCGUGUCUCAAGUGAGGACGACAAUGAUGAAAUAAUAUACCGCACACAUCAGUACCGGUAUUCAUUCAUGUUGGGCCUUUAAUGUGUGGUCUUCCUGACGAUCCAGAACAAACAUGCGCCCCCUAUAUUAGGCAUUCCAGCAAUGGUAAUGUAAACAUUAUACAUAUGAUUCACUGUUUAUUAAUUUCCAUAGAUGCUGUCUGAUCGCCAGUGUGUUGCUUUGGAUUUUCAGCAACUGCAGAAUUUCUUCUGUUUGUAAGUAUACAAUGAUCACGCCCCCCCAUAUCGUAUUAAACAGGAUCAUUUAUGUAAAUAUAAUCACGUGAUUAAGGGAAUAUCAUAUCUGACCCUAUUCAUGCCUUACCCUGUGAUCUGCCACAUCUAAUGUUCAUGACAAAGUUGUUAAAUCUUUUCAUAUCUUUUCUUUGACAAGGACUCUCCUACCCCUACCGAUGACCCCUUCUCCCGUCUUCAACCCUCCUCCUCUUCAUGGACACCCCGCUCUGGUCUUCUGCCUGCUCUGGAUCUCUUUAUUGCUAAUUGCUGACGGGACAUCAACUGUCUUGACUUCUCCACACCCUGUUCCAAUUCCAACCUCACUCCUUCCGAACGCUCUGCUCUCCGCUCCUUCCGCACCAAUCCCAACCUCACUAUAAAACCUGCUGAUACGGGGGGAGCUGUUGUUGUCUGGCGUACUGACCUGUACCUGGCUGAGGCACAGCGACAACUCUCUGAUACCUCCUCUUAUUUACCCCUUGAUCAUGACCCCACUAAGGAGCACCAGGCCAUUGUCUCCUAUACCAUCACCAACCUUAUCAGCUCUGGGGAUCUCCCAUCCACUGCCACCAACCUCACAGUUUCCACACCCCACACUUCCCGUUUCUAUCUCUUACACAAGAUCCACAAACCUGCCUGUCCAGGUAGACCUAUUGUCUCAGCUUGCUCCUGCCCCACUGAACUCAUUUCUGCAUACCUUGACACUGUCUUAUCCCUCCUUGUUCAAUCUCUUCCCACCUAUGUUCAUGACACUCCUCAUGCUUUGAAUUUUUUUCAAUGAUUUUAAGUUCCCUGGCCCCCACCGUCGUAUUUUCACCAUGGACGUCCAGUCCCUAUAUACCUGCAUCCCCCACCGAGAUGGUCUCGAAGCUCUUCAUUUUUUUUUGGAUUCCAGACCUAACCAAUUCCCCUCUACCACCACUCUCCUCCGUCUAGCAGAAUUAGUUCUUCCUCUCAAUAAUUUCUCCUUUGGCUCCUCCCACUUCCUCCAAACCAAGGGUAUAGACCCGUAUGGGUCCCAGUUAUGCCUGCCUUUUUGUUGGCUUUGUGGAACAGUCCAUGUUCCAAGUCUAUACCGGUAUCCAUCCUCCCCUUUUCCUUCGCUACAUCGACGACUGCAUUGGCGCUGCCUCUUGCACGCAUGCUGAGCUCAUUGACUUCAGUAACUUUGCCUCCAGCUUUCACCCUGCCCUCAAAUUUACCUGGUCCAUUUCCAACUCCUCCCUCCCUUUUCUUGACCUUUCUGUCUCCAUCUCUGGAGACGGCCUAUCUACUGAUAUCUACUAUAAGCCUACAGACUCUCACAGCUACCUGGACUAUUCCUCUUCUCACCCUGUGUCUUCCAAAAAGGCUAUCCCCUUCUCACAAUUCCUCUGUCUCCGCUGCAUCUGCUCUCAGGAUGGGGCUUUUCAUUCCAGGAUGAAGGAGAUGUCUUCCUUUUUUAAACAAAGGGGCUUCCCUUUGUCCACCAUCAACUCUGCUCUCAAACGCAUCUCUCCCAUUUCCCGCACAUCUGCCCUCACCCCAUCCACCCACCACCCCACUCGGGAUAGGGUUCCCCUUGUCCUUACCCACCACCCCACCAGCCUCCAGGUCCAACGUAUAAUUCUCCGUAACUUCCGCCACCUCCAACAGGAUCCCACUACCAAACACAUUUUUCCCUCCCCCCACUUUCUGCUUUUCGCAGGGAUCGCUCCCUACAUGACUCCCUUGUCCACUCGUCCCCCCCAUCCCUUCCCUCCGAUCUCCCUCCUGGCACUUAUCCUUGUAAGCAGAACAAGUGCUACACCUGCCCUUGCACUUCCUUCCUCACCACCAUUCAGGGCCCCAGACAGUCCUUCCAGGUGAGGUGACACUUCACCUGUGAGUCGGCUGGUGUGGUAUACUGCGUCCGGUGCUCCCGGUGUGGCCUUUUAUAUAUUGGUGAGACCCGACGCAGACUGGGAGACCAUUUCACUGAACACCUACGCUCGGUCUGCCAGAAAAAGCAGGAUCUCCCAGUGGCCACACAUUUUAAUUCCACGUCCCAUUCGCAUUCUGAUAUGUCUAUCCAUGGCCUCCUCUAUUGUCAAAAUGAAUCCAAACUCAGUUUGGAGGAAAUACAGCUUACAUACCGGCUGGGUAGCCUCCAACCUGAUGGCAUGAACAUUGACUUCUCUGACUACCAUUAAUGCCCCUCCUCCCCUUUUUACCCCAUCCCUGACAUAUUUAGUUGUUUGCCUGUUCUCCAUCUCCGUCUGGUGCUCCCCCGCUCCUCCUUUCUUUUUCCUGAGGCCUCCCGUCCCAUGAUCCUUUCCCUUCUCCAGCUCUGUAUCACUUUCGCCAAUCACCUUUCCAGCUCUUAGCUUCAUCCCACCCCCUCUGGUCUUCUCCUAUCAUUUCGCAUUUCCUCCUCCCCCCACUACUUUCAAAUCUCUUACUAUCUUUCCUUUCGGUUAGUCCUGACGAAGGGUCUCGGCCCGAAAUGUCAACAGCGCUUCUCCCUAUAGAUGCUGCCUGGCCUGCUGUGUUCCACCAGUAUUUUGUGUGAGUUGUUUGAAUUUCCAGCAUCUGCAGAUUUCCUCAUGUUAAAUUUUUUCAUUUGUUUACUAUUUAAGCGACAUUUAGCUUGAGUUCAGAAGCUACCAUUCCAGUAGGGAAUAGUUUGUGCAUUUACACUCCACAAUGUCCUGAAUGGGGUAGUAAUUCUGGAAUUUUUAUGGAAUAUCAGUAAAAUAUUACAAUCCAGAAAGCUCCUGUCAAGUAAUAUGAAAUGGUCUAAGUUCAUGGAACAAUACCUACUUUGUGAGGGAAUGGAGCCUUCACCUCUCUUCCACAUAAUUGGUUAGGAUGUUGUUAUUUAGGGAGAGGGAGAGAGAAAGAGAAGGGGGAGAGGGACCUCAGCUUUACCUCCCAAGUCUAGAAUGACACAUUUCAGAAGGAAUUUGUUUAGCAUCAAUUUUAUUCCUAUUUUAUGGUGUCCACAAGGAGUAUACACAAAAUUAAAGAUGUUGCUGCAGCCUUAGGAAGAGAAAGCAAUGACACUGCUGAAGCCUUGGGAAAGGUAACAACAGAAAUGUUCAGCAGGCGUAAGAGGGUUCCCCAAAAUUGUAUGGGAUUAGACCUUCUCUUAGCAGUCAAGGAGGAACAUGAACAGUUAUAGGGAAGAAGUGUUGUAGUUACAUACAGGAUUGUGCAAAAGUCUUAAAUAUAUAUAUAUAUCUGUAGAGCAUGGAGGCCUAAGACUUUCGCCCAGUACUGUAGUUAUAUUAUAUAUUGCACUGCAUUGCUGCUGCUGCAAAAAAACAUUUCAUGGCAUAUACUAGUGAUGAUAAAAUUGGUUCUGAUAUAGGUCUCUAUUGGAAUGAAAUUAUCUUACCUGGAGUCUCAGGAACCUAGUGAGUUUGCAUCCAAUGCCAUGCUUCGUCCCUAGCACUCCUUCUCUGCCACCUGUCCCACGCCCCUCCUGCAGCACUCUACCCUCCCCAUUCCCGACAUCCCUAGCUCCUGCUCCACGUUGGCAUAUCAGUACUGUGCAAUCGUCUUAGGCACCCUAGCUAUAUAAAGCAUUUCGGCCCAAAACGUCAACUGUACUCUUUUCCAUGGAUGCUGAGUUCCUCCAGAAUUUUGUUGUGUUGCUCAGAUUUACAGCAUCUUCAGAUUUUCUCUUGUUUAUGUAUGUGCUUAAGACUUUUGCACAGUACUAUACCUGACGAGUCUGAAGACAUAUCGUAAAUAAUUUGCUGAACAUGUUCGUACAGAAUCAGAUGAAAAUACUUCCGUUUGCACAGUUUGUUUUCUUUUGCACACAGGUUGUCUGCCUUGCUGGUGUUGCCCUUCCUUGAUUCUAUUCUGGUUAUUGGACUUAGUUAGUAUGCCUGAAAAAAAUGAAUCGGAGUUGUAUAUGGUGACAAAAAUGUAUAUGGACAAUAAGUUAACUUUGAAUUUUGAAGUGAUGGAUGGGAUUUCUUUGUUUGUAUUCAUUUUUAAGUCUUGGAUACUGGGGUCACUCAAUAUUACAAGUUGUAUUAUUUACAGUAAUAUAUCUUUCCAUAAUUUACAUCUUUAUUAUUAACAGAAUAGUUCAAACUCAGGUGUGCCUACUAAUUUGCCUAACUAUGGCAUAAUCCUAUGGCUACUUUGAAGCAUAUAUACACUUUGAUAUUUCAUAAACCAAUUAAAAAAAAUUAUUUGUAGCAUAAAUAUCGCAAGUUUUUGUUGAGGGGGCAAGGUUCCAGGUUUCUGGAUCAUUGCGAUCUCUUCUGGGGAAAGUAUGACCUGAGCCAAAAUAAGGACAGGUCACACUUCAACCUAAGUGAGACCAAUAUCCUUGCAAGCAGACUGCUAAAGCUCUUGGGUAGGGUUUAAACUAAUUUAGCAGGGGUUGGAAACUGGAAUGAUAUGGCUGAUGGAUGGGGAGGUUGGUAUUAAACUAGACGCAGCGUGUAGUGAGUUAAUGAUGGGGUAAACUGGAAGUCAGUGGGAUGAGUUGAAAUGUAAUAUGGGGGCAGAAUCAAAAAUGGUGAUGAAUACAGGACUGAAGUUUGAAUGUACACAGCAUACAGAAUAAGAUAGAUAAUCUUGUAGAGCAGUUGGAGAUUGGCAAGUAUGACAUUAUAGGCGUUACUGAGUUGUGGCUGAAAGAGGAUCAUAGUGGGGAGUUUCACAUCCAAGGAUACACAUUGUAUCGAAAGGAGAGUCAGUUGGACAGAGAGGGUGGCAUGGCUGUAUGGUAAAAAGAUGAUAUCAAAUUCUUAGAAAGAGGUGACAUAGGAUUGGAAGAUGUAGAAUCAUUGUGGGUAGAGCUAAGAAACAAGAAGGAUAAUAGAAGACCCUGGUGGGAGUUACAUAUAGGCUGCUAAACAGAAGCCUGGAUGUGGAUUACAAAUUAAGAUAUGAUACAGAGAAGACAUGAAAAGGUCAUGGACGAUUUCAAUAUGCAUGCAGACUGGGAAAAUCAGGUUGGUGCUGGAUCACAAGAUGGGAAUUUCUAGAAUGCCUGUGAGAUGGCCUUUUAGAGCAGCUUGUGUUUGAAUUUUCUUGGGGAUCAGCUAUUCUGGAUUGGGUUUUGUCCAAUGAGGCAGAUUUGAUAAGGGAACUUAACACAAGGAUCUCUCAGGAGCCAGUGAUCAAAAUAUGACAGAGUUCACCCUGCAGUUUCAGAAGCUAAAAUCAGUAUUACAGUGGAGUAAAGGGAAUGACAGGGGCAUGAGAGAGGAGCUGGCUGAAGUUGCUUUCCCAUUCCAACCAACAGGAUUACGGCAGAGCAGCAAUAGCUGGAAUUUCUCUGAAAAAUUCAGAAAGUGCAGAAUAGCUUCAUCUGAAGAAAUAAUAUCCUAAAAGGAGGAUGAGGCAACCUUGGCUGGCAAGGGAAGUCAAGGAUGAUAAAAGCAAAAGAGAGGGCAUGUAAUGGAGCAAUAUUGUAGGAAAGAAAAGGACUGAGAAGCUAUUAAAAAGCAACAGAAGGCAACUAAAGAUGGAAUAUGAUGAUAAAGUAGCCAAUAAUUUGAAGAAAGCUCACCAAAAGCCCCUCCCCCCAAGAAAUAUUAAGAGUAAAUAAGAAGCAAGAGUUUAUAUCAGACCGCUGAAAGUGACGCUGCAGAGGUAGCAAUGGGACAAGGAAAUGGUGGGUGAACUUAAGUAUUUUGUGUCAGUGUUCACUGUGGAAGUAUGCCAGAAGCUCAAGAGUGUUGGGGGCAGAAGUAAACAAGCCACCUGGACCAGAUGGACUACCAUGCAGGGUACUGAAACAAGCUUAAGAGAUUGUGGAGGCAUUAGUAAUAAUCUCUUUAAAAUCACUGCAUUCUGGUAUGAUUCUGGAGGACUGGAAAACUGUAAAUUUUACUCCACUUUUUAAGAAGGCAAAAGA